AUCGCCCUUUCAGUGGUAAAUAUCUUUUUGUCCACAACUGCCGUUCUGGGGAACACUCUGAUCCUAGUUGCCCUACACAGGGCAUCUUCACUUCAUCCGCCGUCCAAACUCCUUUGUCGCAACCUAGCAGCAACUGGCCUCUGUGUGGGUUGCAUUGUACAGCCGCUGCAAGUUUCUUAUUGGAUAUCUGCUGUAGAUGAAAUAUGGAAUAUUUGCCAGUUCACCGCUGUAGCAAAUUAUAUCACAGGAUAUAUUUUAUGUUCAGUAUCCCUACUUACUCUGACGGCGAUAAGCGUGGACAGACUUCUUGCGCUGUUGCUGCGACUCAGAUACAGACGAGUUGUAACUCUGAGGAGAGCAUACAUAACUAUAAUUGUGUUUUGGGUAGCGUCCAUUAUCGGUACUUUAACUAACUUUUGGAAUCCUCUGAUAACGUCAUGGCUGCUGUACAUGGGGACAGCUUCGUGCCUUACCACCACGAUUUUGUCUUACGCAAAAAUUUCCUUCACUUUGCGCCAUAAUCAAACUGACGUACGAGGAUCUUUUGCUCAGAGACGACCGAGUCAAGCAAUUUCACCUAACAUAGCACGAUACAGAAAGGCUGUGUCAAGUGCUUUGUGGAUGGAAGUAAUAUUUGUUGUUUGUUAUAUGCCUUAUGGUAUAGCCGCAGCUCUGACACCUCAAAGAAGGAUGCCUUUAUCAUUUUACCUCGCAAGACAAUUUACGGCUACUUUGGUCUUUCUAUACUCAUCCUUAAACCCGCUGCUUUUUUGCUGGAAGGUCAGAGAAGUAAGGCAAGCUGUUAAAGACAUACUGAAGCAACUCUUCUGUUUAUGUUGUUAGAUCAUUCUUUAAAGAUGCAGAUCCGUUUCGUUUAAACAUAGCCCAUCGAUCUGCAUAAUUUUUCACAUCAUAUUCAACCUCACUCAAAAAUGGUUAAUUGUCAAAUGAAGAUGGCACUUAAAUGUUCAGGGUAAUUGAGCACCUUGAUAUCACGGUCGUAGACAUUUAAAAAAGGAAGAUAAUUGAAAAAAAAAGCCUUUGAUGUGCCGCUUUAAUGCUUGCGUUUGGUCGCAACACCUAGUUCCUGUUAUGAAUUUUACGGCUUAUUAACAUUUAAGCUUGAACAAGUUUGAAUUGUUGCCUUCAACGAAGUUGAACCCAAUUCAUAUGGACACCUUAGUAUUCCGAACAGUUUUCUUUAUCCCGGUAGCCCCCUUACAUUUUCUGUGCAUUAAACCGCAAAAUGUGGACAAUGAACACUUCUGGAAGUUAACCCCGCUAAUAUAAAUUUUGCCAAAAAAAGUAAAUUAAAACCUUAAUUUCUUUGUUUAUGCUGUGGCAAAUGAUUAGUGUGAUAGGCCAGAAGGCGACUUUCAAUAAUUACGUCAAGGGCUGUGUGGAUAAAAUACUAUAAUCCCAUGAAUGCUCAUUUCUUUAAUGAAAAUUGAAAAAAUAAAUUCUAGUUUCUAUAUUUAAUAUUGAAGCUAGAAUUGCACAUAGCAUAAAGCUUAUUUUUUGUUAUUAAUUUAAUAACAAAAAAGGAAGAGCGCCCUAAAAUUGGAAAACUUACUAAGGUUAAAGGUUAAAAGCGUGCGAAGAAGGUGCUCCACAAAGUCGCGAAAUUUUACUUAGACAUUUCAUAGUGGGGGCACAAGCUUGCCACCCACCAUACAGACGUCUGUAAAUUCGACGACUUUACGGAGCUAUAUAUGUCUAUAUAUAUCUUCGUUGGUUUUCAACAAAUCACGUUCAGACGUGGCAAUUUUACUAAUUUGAAGGCGUUCUUUUUAGUCGUGUUGACGGAUUUUUGCUAACUGGUCCCAGUCAAAAGUUGGAAAAUUCGAUAAGCCAGGAAGACUGGAAUUAUCCGUGCCGUUCUCUUAUUUUCGGCAGUAAUUGAAAAAUCCGCUUUUGAUUGGAGACGCAGCAUUCUGCAGCUGUAAGAUUUUUAUUGUUGCCAAAAAGUUCCUUAUUUCAGUCUUGCUUGUUGCCUGAAAGGGAAGGAAGAAAACGGCUGAGAACUUUAAAAGAGGUGUCACAGAGAAAUACUUCAUCACCAACAAUUUCUUGACAGUUACACAGAGCUCUCGGAACCCAUCCGCUGCAGAGAUUUUAUGAUCAUUAAAUAGUACCAAGGAUCUACAGGAGCGCGCGGAUUCGUGGGAAAUAUAAAGAAGCCAUUUAAACUACAAUAAGUUUAUGUGACAAACGUCAUGCAUACUGCUGGGACAGGGACGAUAAUUAUUAUAAUUAUAAUUAUUUUACAUUAAUCUGUCUUCUCGUUGGCUAAGAGUCUCAGAUUAGUUAGUUAUCUGCUAGCAGAUAGGUGACUAAUGUGUAGGUUGCGCUCGCAGGACAUGAUUUUCAAUAAGAAUAUCAACUAAGGUUCCUUGCGAUAGUGUGUUUGUCGUUAUUUUCUUCAAAACAAUGUAUAAUAAAAGAAUUAUUACAUUCGGUUUUUGUGAUAUCCUGAAUAAUCAAGGUCUCGGUCAGUGUUAUCAGCCUCGGCCUUCGGGUUGGCUGAUAACACUUACCUCGACCUUGAUUAUUCCGGAUGUCAUAUAUCAUUCUACUCUUCGAAUCUUCUAUUGCAAAAACGGUUCAACUAAAUAACUUUAUUUCUAUGUUUCGUCAUCGUAUCUGUCACUGUUUGUUACACUUUUAAUAAUGUUUGUCCUUGUACGACAUAACCAAAUUCACAUUCAUGGCCAUCUUUUUCACGAACAACCAAACCAAGAAAUUCCGUUGAAAAUGUCUCGAUACCAAAAGGCAGUGUCCAGUGCAUCGUGGGUGACAGCCACAUUAACUGUUUGUUACUGUCCGUACGCUAUAGUGGUAGCUUUGACGCCCUCAAGAGGGACGCGUGGAGCUCCGCUAGUAAUUCCUUUGGUUCAGGUGGUCACUUCGUGGUUAUAAAGGGCUGAAGCGGGGUUGCUGAUUUAAUCGGCCGUGGCUAGUUGAAAAACCGACUGUUUAGGGUGUAGUCUCUGACUAGAGAAACCCUGUAGGCUCGCUUUAUUUGAAUAAUUCCUUCGGCUUGAGUGGUCGUUGGAUGUUUUCAACGGGCAGGGGCAAUUAAGGUUGUCGAAUUGGCGCUGCCUCGGUGGUAAACUGGUUGUAUGCGUCUAGUUUCAGUAAGUAGGGGAAUGCCACAAGGUUGCUGUGAAUAUUUUCAAAGGCUAGAAUUCCAUUGGCAGUAAAAUAGACGUAGGCAUCUAGUCUGUAAUUAGAAGGAACGCCAUAGGCCCGCUUUAUUCGUUUUAUACCUGGAACAAUUAGUAAUCGGUGGGUGAAAAUUUAUUGCAAGUGACCGUUGCUAGCGUUAUAAACCAGUGGCUGACGGUGGAACGAGAAUUAGCUCCUUUUCUCACGAUCCUAAGGUAACUGCAAGUUAAAGUUGUUGGAUUACUGUGUAUGACGUUAUGGAAACUGAGAGAGAAAGAAACACUCUGUUCAUUUCACGGACUGCGUUCGGAGCGUAAACACUUCAAGCAGUCGAUAGGGGUUGUUAUUUCCGUAUAAUACACGCCCACUAUGAAAAAGCAUGAAGCAUCGAGUCUGUAUAACAACUACUACUGAUCAGGUUGUUUAUGCGCCUUUUUGCGGGAUAAAAACCAUAACAAGGUCCUGGACAUACCGGUAGUUGCAAGGGAAAUCGUGAGGACACUCAGAGAAAAAAAAGGCACGUUCUUCAAGCCCUCUUUGUUUGAGGUGUGACUAUUGUAAUACAUGGGCCAUUUUGUAUAGACUGUAUACCUUACUCCCUUGGAAAGUCUGAGCAAUGCAAAACGUCCUUUAACCCUAACAAGUUAAUAUGUUAUUUUAAAAGUGAAAAGUAAAGGGUGUCAGGUGUUUUGCCAGGUCUGGGUGUCAACAAUGAGAGGAGAGAGAAUACGGAACAAUAACGAACAGCAAUCAUGUUUAUUUAGCUUCAUAUACAUGUAUCGUGUACUGCAUGUUGUCCCUUUAGUCGGCAUAGUUAUGGCAGCUUUGAAAACAAGGUAUCCUUAAUUUAAGGGCCUUCCCACCUCGCGGGUCUUAGCUGUUAUCUCUCUGCUGACUUUAACGGGGUGAGCGUGAUUCCAGAUUCUGGGUUGAUAUAUUUGCCCAGUGGCCGGUCCUUGCCUUCUUCUGAAAACAAAACAGAUUUAAACGACCAACCGUGGUGUAGGGAAGAAGGGCUUUAGUUUCCAAUUUCGGUCAAGAAUAGCUAAGCUAAGGCCGUUAAAAACAUGAUGAGCUCGUCGGUACCAGAACCUCGUUAACGUCAAAUGAGAGAUAACAGCCUGUGACCAUUUCACUUACAUUUCGCUUUCGUUCUGGUAACACUUUUGUCUAGCCUUCACAGGGUUAGCUAACCUGUCUGAAUUUAUGUGAGUAAGUUGGGCGAGGGGUCAUACCGUCCUGUAUGUGUUGUAUCAGUUGGUUAAGGCGUUCAACCUUGUUGCUGUGUGUUAAGGAACGAGUUUAUAUUAACAUUGCUACUAGAAGCAUUUAUUAAAAACUCUCACAGGACAGAACGGUGAGGCAGUCAAGGAGAUACAAUGUGUAGCGCGUGAGUGUACUGGUCUAAACUUGUCUAAAUAUAGUUUAGUAAGCCUAGAAGGUUUUUGUUUUAAGAACUGAGGAUUGGGAAGGUCUUAGAGUUAUAGUCGGUCAUAAUAGUACUUUAGAUUGCGCUAUUGGACAAAUAAUGGAGCUGUAAAGGCUGUGAGGCGCCCAUCAAUCAUUUUCCCAUACCUUACAAAUACAACUGAGCAUGAAUAUGAAUGUUGUUGAAUAGAUUACAAUCGUCUUGAAGUUUGUCCACCCGUGGCUCCUUUUGUAUUUGCAGUGUUAAUUAUUCCUUGUUUUUAAUUAACGUUUUGAGCGUUAAGUAAUUAAGAUGAAAUUCAUUGGGAAAUUGAGUAAUUUCAAUUUUCAGUGGACAAAAACCUAAUGUACCAGAAUAAUUUAAAAAAUAUUGCAUUCUUUUUUUUACUUUUUUCAAGAGCUAUAAAUAUAAUUAGUUAUCUGUAAUAACACCAAAGACUAUUUCUCAUGGGAGCCCGAGAAAAUAGAUGUCAAUUUUCACAAGAAUUAUGAAAACACCUGAGGUAAAAUUCUGAAAAUUUCAUGUUUAGGAUGUAAUUUUGUGAAAUUUGACAUUUAUUUUCUUGGGCUCUCGUAAGAAAUUGUCUUUGGUGUUAUUGAAGAUGACUGAUUACAUCUACAGCCCUUGAAAAGUGCAAAAAGGAAUGCGAUUUUAAUUCAUUUCUUAGGUGAUUUUAGAGAUUCGUGCGCUCUAAAUGGUCCAUGUCUACGUCAUAUGCUCUUACAAUGCAACCACCUGGUGUAGGAAUAUUACAGAAUGUGUUAGCUUUAUAGAGUCAGUUUCGAAGAGCCCUAAAGGUGUUGAAUUAGUCCAAGAGAACUGACAUAUUAAGGUAUGAUGUGAAAGUUAUUGAUUAUUUUCUUAUUUUGGUAUACAUUAUGGUAUGAAAUUUUGCGAGUAUAAAUUUUUGCGUAAUCUUUUGUACGUGCACAUUAAAUUUCUCAAAAAGGUGCGAACAUUAGCAAGAAUAAGGUACCUCUAAAAGUGAUUCUUCACAAAAUGACAAGUGAAAAGAGGCAGCCGGUUCUUCAGAAAAAUAGUCAGCAUUUAUAUGUCGAAUACGCGGAUAAUUGAGAACUGUUAUUAAGACGGAAAAACCUCAUUAGAACUGACUCAAAAUAUUUUCAAGAUCAGUCAUAUUGGUAACUUACUGUUGACUGCAGGCCAGUGAAUAUUAACUUCGCCACAGGCGAAUAACACUAAAGUUAAUAGUUGAUUUAAAAUACAGUAUUAUGCGUCUUUUUGGCAAGCACUCUAUGCUAAAAUUCAUCAUCUCAUCAAUGUUGUUUCCUUUCCCAAAUUCCUGUAUUAGCCGUUCAAUUAACUUCACACCUCGUGCUCAGUUUUCAAGUUUAAAGUGCAAAUCAUCCCAAAAUUGAUAAAAUUUAGACAAAUUCUACGUGCUUUCAGCUUUAAAACUAAGUACAUCUUGCGUGAAUCAGACAAAGCAAGCGAACUCCAAGUUCGGUUAAAGGGUACGAAAUUUGUCUAUUUGAGGAGCUUUUAGUCAGAAGGCCGUGUAGAUAGUUUUCUGGGUCGAGUGGAACGAUGACGUAUUUUGAGACUGUGUUCUUACCUCCGCCCCGCUUUGUUCAAGCUUCUGCCUUAACUCGCUCUUCCUAUUGCGCUAUUGAAAAAGCUGUUGAAUUGCCGCGUAAGGAAUUACAACUUCUUCAUAUUCAGCCUCUCUGCUCGCGCACGAAGUUGGGUCAUAAUUUUCGACUUUUUUUCUUGGAAGUUUUGCUGAAUAAUUGGUACGAUCCCAGGAAUAAAAUUCCAUUCUGAGUCGCCAGAAUCAACACAUGACAGGCUUUUCCGAGUGAGACAUCUAAUUUAGUCGGGAAGAUGCCGAAUGGUUCAACUAAGACUAAGCAACGACGACAGAACGAGAACAGCAAACAAAACAAUUAACAGGCUCAUUGAGCACGUGCAUUACGCCUUUUGUAGACUGACAUCUUUUGCCGUAGUUGCACGACCACAACGCGAAACUCCCAAAUUUCUCAUUUUGUGGAGGACAUAAACACAGGCGAACGGUUCUCUGAUUCUUUUUUUAAACCUUGAUACAGUUCUUUAGAAACUAACUUCAGAAAAAGUCACCAACAUUUGACAAAUUGAACGACUCAAGGAAAACGAGCGAUAAAUAUUGAAACAGCGGGGAUUCACUUUUAAGAGAACCAGUCCCACUCGACGUCGAACUCUGACAUGCGUGCUGGGCAUAUUAAGAAGAACAAUGCCUCAAAAUAGGUCACUCGCCGCGGGCCCAAAAUGUCACGGCCUAAGAUAUUAAUUGUACAUAAUUAUUUAAUAAUCUGUAAAACAAUCUGCGGCAUCGUUUAUUACAAGACUAGUUUUCUAUUUUCAUUCUAUUCCAAAACAAAUUUGGGGUGAUAAGCACUUUAAAACAGGCCAAAUUACAAGCAGGGCAUGAACGAAAUUGCAAUUAUUCUUUACUCCAUUGUCUCGGAAUUCCCAGAAGAGACUUGAACACAAAGAAAACCAAACUAAAAAUUGAGAUAUGACCAGAAUCCCUCGGAAUCAGGUUAGAAUAAUAAUAUGGCGAACGUGGGCUAUUCCUAAGGAAAUCUAAUGAGUGGAGCGUCAAAGCGUAAACUUACUAGAUUCAACAUUUUUGUGUUGUUCAUAUCAUCCAUGUUGUCAUGGCUACAAUCGAACUCUAAUGUUUAACCUAAUAAACGUAAUGUCUUUUAAAUUUAUUUUAUAAGUGCCAAAUUUAAAGCUUUAUAGCUAAAACGAGUCUUUAAAAAUAACACCCCAAUGAAUGGUUGCCUCUCACAACCUACCAAACUUUGUUCAACCACCUUAAAAUAAAAGACAAGUGAUUCGAAGGGCCCUGUCCCCUGGUUGAUCACAUGGUACAAAGUCCGCUAUGCUGGACUUGGAGGAAAAAUUUAGCUUCAAGAACUGAAGAAAUUAAGAGCAUAUUAAUGCGCUCUCUUUUUGUCCUAUGUCUUUGUUUGCUUUUGAUUAUAGCGGCCACAGCUUGACGAGCCAAUAACUUCUCAAGAGUUCAGGCUUCACUGAGAAGUGAUCAUCGAUCGUUUAUUGCGACAGUGCUGCGUCCGUACUUUGACUUAUCUUGCAGAAACAUGGCGACAACAGGUACUUAUCCAGAACAGUAUUGUUCAGCAGAAUUAACCAGAAAACUACGCAACGAGUUAGUGUUCCUUUCCGUGGCGAAUACCAUUUUUUCCAUCACCGCAUUUCUGGGGAACACUCUGAUCAUAGUUUCCCUCCACAGGGAGACUACACUUAAUAAACCGUCCAAACUCUUGUUACGUGGCUUAGCGACAACUGAUCUCUGUGUUGGUAUCAUUGCCGAGCCUGUGAAUGUUGCAAAUUGGAUAUCUUUGGCGAACGGAAGAUUGGAUAUUUGCUUUUACACAGAAUGGGCAAGUUUUGUCAUCGGCUAUAUUUUGUGCUCAGUAUCUUUUGUGAUAUUGACUGCAAUAAGCGUGGACAGACUACUCGCGCUGUUGUUAGGGCUGAGAUAUCAACAAAUUGUAACUGUUAAGAAAACAUACACCACUAUAGUUUUUAUUUGGGUCUUUUGCGUUGCAUGCACAUUAGGCCACUUUGGGAAUGCUGUUAUACCGACAUUGGUCGUCAUUGUAAGUUUAUGUCUGUGUCUUGUUACAACCAUUCUCUCUUACACAAAGAUAAUUUUAACUUUGCGACAAAGUCAAAUUCUAGUUCACAGCCAUAAUGUCAGUGUUGCUGGACGACAACCGAGACCAAUUCCACUGAACAUAACUCGAUACAGAAAGGCAGUGUACAGUGCACUGUGGGUGCAGGUAACAUUGGUUGUUUGUUAUUUGCCGACUGGUAUAGUAAUAGCUUUAAUACACCAAAACGGGCCGAUUUCUGUAUCGCUUUACCUCGCCAGACAAUUUACUGUUACUUUGGCUUACUUAAACUCGUCAUUAAACCCGUUGUUGUACUUUUGGAAGAUCAGAGAAGUGAGGCAAGCUGUGAAAGAAACAAUAAGGCAACUUUUCUGUUCACCGAACUAAUUAACAUAACCUUUCUAAAUCUUGUAGGUUACUUCUGCUUUGUUUUGAGACUGUCUUCAUUGAAAAAUAAAUCAGUUUAGUUUACCAGCCUUUCACAGCAACAAAAUAUUACUCUUUUAAAAUUCUAUACGGUUUCGAAGGUUAGUAUUUAUUAACGCGAAGUCGAAUUGCUUUGUGUUAUCGACCACAGAAAUGACGUCAAAAUGUUUAAUACUGUUUAGUGAAAUCGCUGCUACUUAAGAGCGUUAGUUAUUUAGUUAUUUUAAAAUUUCUCAGGUGAUCAGUUUAGAGAUUGACAUGCGUCUAAAUGGUCUAAGUCUACGUCAUAUGUUAUUACAAAAUCCUGUUGCGGGGAUAUUAUAGAAUGUGUAAGUAGUCAGUUUCGAAGAGCUCUAAAGAUGUUACUCAGUCCAUUAGAACAUAUCAAGGUAUAAUGUGAAAGUAAAUUAUUAUACACUUAAUGUCAGAUCCCGAGGGAAACAGUUCGUUUUGUUUUUCCGAGAGUCCUGUUUCCCGAGACGAAGUCGAGGGAAACAUCAGGACUCGAGGGAAAACAAAACUAACUGGUUUCCCGAGGGACCUGCCAUUAAGUGUUUUGUUAUAUUUCUAGACUUUCACUUCAACAGCAACAAAAGAAUAACCGGAGCGAACCAAAACAGUCAACUCGGUACUAACAACAACACAAGUUUAAUUCUUAAAACCACUGAAUGAAUGAUUUACAAAGUACUUUCCUUAUAUUAUUUGCAUCUUUUUCCUCCACUAGCUGCUGUUUCUCGUCUAGGAUGACUUUAAAAAUCGGGAUACUUUUGAUUUUAGUCAAGGCCACGUAACCAAGAAUCAACCAAUGGCAGUCCCUGUUUAGUUGAGGGAAAGUCUAGGAAUAUAACAAUUUAACAUAUAAAUAUUUGUUGAACUUCUAACACAGUGUUAACAACAACGUUCACCUCUUACUGUCGGCGAUAAUUAAAACUCUGCUUUUGACUGGAGACACAGCAUUCUCAGCCGCAAAAUGAAUUGUUGUCAAAAAGUUCAAUUUUAGUCUUGAUUAGUAUACCUGAAAGGAAUGGAAGAAAAAGACUGAGAACUUUAAAAGAGGUGUUACAGAGAAAUAGACUUUAUCACCAACAUUUUUUUGCAAGUUCCCUUCAUCAGUGACAUUUGCUGUUAUUCGCAGCAGAGGCCGGUGGUAGCCCAAUUACCGUGCUUAUUGCCGGUCGGUACUAUCACAGCGCCGACAUCCCUGUUUUAGGCCUCCACCUGUGUACCAUGAUUUGAGUAUGUGCCAUGAUUGACCUGUUAAAAAAGCCAUUGUCAGUGAAUUUGCAAAUCAGGAUGAAAGGAAAUUCAUUGAAUCCGUUGGUGGCUGAGAACAAGGAUCUCGGCGCUGCUUCGCAGACGUUACUAACCGCGGUUAAAUUACGUCUACGACGCUGUCCCAACAAUCGAAUCUUCAUUCUUUCAUUUGGAAGAGGUGGCCCCUUUCAUUGAAGUGAGUGCUAGUCUGUUUGUUCAUUGUUUUGUCCUAUUUAAGCAGUGAAAUCCCGCUCAAUUCGAUGUUUAUUAGCGGAGCUCACGCGGAGAUCAAGUGUUUUUGAGUUUUCCGCUAACCAGUUAUAAAAUGUAAAUUGAUCGCAGGCUCAAUUCCAAUUUUUUUCGGGAGAGACGAAUUUCCUCGGGAGGCCGUUUUUUUAGUCAAAGUAAUUGCCGUUGCAACGUAUUAACGGAAGCUUAGCUUUUAGCUCUGGCUAAAUCUAUAUAUCAGUCUAUAAUGUCAAGUAUGAGUUGAGAACGACUUUCUUACUAUUUAUCAUGGUGGUACAGACUAUGCUCAAGGUGUCUAGAUGAUUAUUUCUUGACGCGUUUUGAAACUAUUAUGGUAAUAAACUUGAUGUUAUUGUAGUUUUGGGGUUUAAUACGUUAUUGUCGUACUGACCUGUUUUUAACGUUUACGAAAAGCUGUGUACUAACAAUUUAGAAUUUGAGCGUGAAGAGCGAGUCAGAAUUUCUCGACUUGAUAAAACACGCCCUGUGAGUGUUUUGAACAGUUUAAAAACAUGUCUCCCUGGUCAUGCUGUUGUUGCUUUUCUGCUGUUACUGGUCGAUGUAUAGGUCUUUAAAAGCGUGCUUGAUUCAAAAAAGCCGAGCGAAAACAAUGAAAAUAACAAGCGUCUACUUGCACUUGCCUAUUUUUCCUGAAAGGAAUUCCCCACGAUAAAGAACAUAAAAGCAUGCAGGAAGAAAUUGCCAGGGGGAACCCCUUAAUUUUAUUUAUACGCAAUGCAACAUAAUGGUCAUAAAACUUAAAACUGCAGGUUAAAAUUGUUUAAAACUUAUGUUUUUCUGGGGUAUUUUCUUUGUUAAAAGAACCACUUUUUCUUGGUAGAAUACUUUUUGAGCGGCUGACGGUUCUUUUAUCUUUGUUUCUCACGUAAACAACUUAGCGAAGCAUUUUCACUGAACUUAGCUCGAGGUAACAGUUAUUAGUUUAAUUCGAAUUCUGCCCUAUCAUGUUGUGGAAACCUUGUCAUCGUCUGGAAGCUCUACCGGCCUUUAACAAAUUACCUUGCUCGAAAUUAAAUGACCAUUAAAUACAUACCAGCUAGAGAGCUUAAGGAGCUCGCGGACUCUUAGGAGACCUCUUGGGAUGUAUAAAGUUGCUAUUAAUCUACAAUAAGUUCUUUUGUUAUAUAGCUGGAAAUUUCUUCUCCUCAGCGUACGCUCUCAUUGGUUACUUCGAGGUCACAUGACAUAUAACAAUGAAACUGUUUACCGCCAAAAUCUCUAAGCGGGCAACAUUGCAAAAAAAUCCAUGACGUGAGAGGGUAACAGUGCAAUGUUAUCCACGAAUGUUGACCGACGACCCCCAGUGUAGCGAGGUUUAAUGAAUUUCCAGCUUCGAAAUUUCUAGCUAUAUAACAAAUCACUAACCCUUCAAGAUUGGUCCCUCGGGAAACAGUAAAUUUUGUUUCCCUCUGGACCAGUCAUUAAUUGUUUAGUGACAAACAUCAUGCAUACUGCUGGGACGAUACUUAUUACAGUGUUCUCGAAAAUGCUCGAGCUGGGAAAAAGUAUGGGCCCAAAUAUUACUCUGAAAUUAAAAAGCACCGAUCUAUGCCGAACCGGUUUCCGUGCAAGAGGGGCAGUAUAUGAUGAAACCUUUUUCCCUAAUGAAAGAGGAGAGAUGUGAAAAGCCUUAAGCAGCUGUUUCAUCACGUGGUAAAGCUUUCAUCAGACUCGCGAAGAGAAGAAAUUAGCAUUUGUAUUAAUGCUUGCUUUUUGUUUUCUUUGCAUUGUUUGCUUUUCAACAUAGCGUUUUUAUAAAACUUGGGCAGCCAGCUGUAAGAGGCAUGUUAUUAAAGUGCACUUUUACAUUGACUUACUUUUUGCAGAAAUAUGGCAUCACGAAAUUUUACUGGAGGUGAAAAGCUAAAAACAAUCAUAGAAUCGUAUUGUUCAGAUGAAAUCAAUAGGGGUGUACGCCAUGAAUUUGUCUUUCUUUCAGUGCUAAAUGCUAUUUUUUCUGUCACUGCAUUUCUGGGGAACACUCUGAUCCUCGCUGCUCUGCAGAAGGAGACUUCACUUCAUCCGCCGUCCAAACUUCUGUAUCGUAACUUAGCUUUAACUGAUCUCUUUGUUGGAAUCAUUGCAGAGCCUGCAAAAGUUGCUCAUUGGAUAUCUGCGGUGGGCGAAAGAUGGACCGCUUGCUAUUUCACCGAACGGACAGCUUUUAUCUGUAGCUACAUGUUUUGCGCAGUGUCUUUGUUAACGAUGACUGCAAUAAGCGUGGACCGACUUCUCGCCCUGUUGUUAGGGCUCAAAUACCGACAAGUUGUAACUUUUAAGAGAACAUGCGCUUUUCUAAUUUUAUUUUGGGGUUAUUCAAUCGUUGGCAUAUCAAUCUACUCUUCGAAUCUUCUAAUGCAAAAAUGGUACACCUACACAACUUUAUUUGUGUGUUUCGUCACCGUAACUGUUUGUUACACCUUAAUCUUUUUCACUCUUCGACAUAACCAAAUUCACAUACAUGGCCAUACUUUACAAGAACAACCAAGCCAAGCAACUCCGCUGAACAUAGCUCGAUACAAAAAGGCAGUGUCCAGUGCACUGUGGGUGACAGCCACAUUAACUGUUUGUUAUUUCCCUUAUGCUACAGUUGUAGUUUUGACGCCUUCAAAAGGGAUGUCUGCUGCAAUUUACCGAGCGAGGCAAUUAACCAUUACUUUUGUUUACUUUAACUCAAUCUUAAACCCGUUGCUGUACUGCUGGAGAAUGAAAGAAGUAAGGAAAGCUGUCAAAGACACGUUAAAGCACUUGUGCUGUUCGUCGGUCUAAUUAAAAUACAGUGGAACUCGGUUAAUACGCACACUAAGGGGACAUGCCAUAGUCUCCGUUUCUUCCUGUGUUCGUAGAGUGAGAUUGACCAUAUUGGAGAGUUAAAUAAUACUGGCUUGGGGCAUUGAAAAGUGCCUGAGUUGUGCGUAUUAACCGUUAUCCUCAUUAAUCGGGUUAAUUUUAGAUAAAAUACAGUCAAUCCCUGCUUUACGGACACCGCUUAAUACGGACACCUCGUUAUUAAGGACAGUUUUCAGUGUCCCUAGCCCUUACAUUUUCUCUAAAUUCAACACCCUUGAUACGAACCCUCUGUUAAUACGGACACUUUCUAUGGCUCCCUCAGUGUCCGUAUUAACAGGGAUCGGCUGUAUAUGAGCUUUUUGUCGGGAAAAAUUAAGCGGAUGUCCGUAAAGCGGAGUUCCACUGUACUCAUCCGUUUAAGCAGUCUCUCUUGCAGCAGGCAACCAGGGAUUACCUAAUUUACUGAGUAUUAUACAAGUGGUACGGUGAUAAAUUUGAAGACAACAAACAAGUAAGACAGGAGUAUUUGCCGGAAAUCGCUCAAGCUUGGUAAACAACAAAGCAAACUAUGACAGUACUCACACUAUGAUAAGUCAAAGCCAGCAAUUGUCAAUUAUGAUGAUGAUGAUGACGAUGAUGAUGAUGAUUCACUUAAUAAUUCUGCCGACUCCUGUAUCGAGUCUUUGCGAUAACUGUUGGUAUAACUUGGUAUGUAUAUAUUGCGGAGCAUGUAGAUGUCUGUGGUGAACGAAAAAGGGGAUGUUCGUUAGUUUUGUUAUCGGCUAAAUUUUGUGUUCCAUUGACGGACUACUCACCCUGCUGCAGGGCUGAGAUAUCAGUAAAUUGUAACUGUUAAGAAAACAUAAUGCCAUCUUAGCUUUUAUUUGGGAUUAUACCAUUGAUUGCACAGUAAUUUAAAGUACUUUUGAAAUCCUCUCAGACAGUUACAGACAUUGACACACAUUCGUUUGGUUACUGUUGCCUUACUGACAUUAUGGAGUUUAUUCAAGGGCUACGGAAGCUUCUUGUGAGGUGACUGGAAGAAAUUUUUCCCUGCCACGCGUCAAUACCUUAGGCCUGGUUCAGACGCCGUACUUUCAUGUGCCGAACCUAACUGAAUGACUGGAACAUCUGAAACGGCGUUUUCCCCAAGUUAAGCCACGACGUCAAUACCUUACUAAGUUCAUAUAACGUACCAGCUUUCCAUAAGCAGAUUAUUUUUUUUUAUUGUUACACUGCAAAUCAACGUCCUUUUUUAAAAUGUUUUUCUUGUUUGGGGUUUAAAGGAACAAAAAAAGAAAGCAAAAGGCUUUCAGUAUAGGCUAGUAUUUAUUUGACCGAGUGUUUUGAAGCUGCCAAAUUUUAAUGAAACUAUUUACUCAGACAAACAAAGUUAAUGUGAAUGAAAAAGAAAUCAUCGCACCUCAGAAAAGGAUAAGGUCCCUUUUUUCUAGUUUUCUUUUUUGUUUUCGUUUUCGAGUUUGUCUGUUUAUGUUGGUUUUUUUCUUGGUUUUGGAGUCAUUGAUAGAAGUAAUUUAAUUGUAGCGCAAUGUCAGUCCAUAUCAAUAAACUCAAUAACCAUGAAAGCUAAAUUUCCAGAAGCUUUUAUGCAAAUCUUUGUUAGAAUAAGCUGAUAAGACAAAAUAUAAUUGAUUCCAAAUUCAAUUUUCAGUUUUGUUGAAACAAGUUGACGUUUUGCUUGCCACCCAGCUUGCUUUUACUGCAAGCAUAAUUUGUUUAGCAAUUAAAAGAAAUUCAAUCGCUUUUAACUUUAUUACCUCGCCUCUAAAUUUUAUGAAAUUUCACCGCAAAUUUCGCCUUCUUGCCCCUGUUUGGCGGCUCUGUUGGCCACCCUCCCUCGAGCGACGCGAAUUUCUUAACCUGUUCCAGGCUCCAAGAUAGUGGAGAUCGAAAAAAAGUGCGAAAAACCGCGUGAGGACUGCUGGAGAGAGGUGAGUCUCCUCUUCACCCUUCCUGCCUUUUUUCGCUCGCUCGCUUUUUUUUGCUCGUCUAAACUGACCGAGAGCCUGGCACAGGUUACGCAGUUUUGCGAUUCACGGCAUUUCUCAUAUAUCAAUUAUUAUGUUAGAAAAUAACCCACAGAGACGGAAGAUGGUGAUACAAAUGUAACUGUUUUGAACACGACACUAAAAAACGGAGGAAAAGUGAGAGGAUAUUACAACGCAAAUUGGUUUUACGACAAGACAGGAUGUUGAAAACGUCUUUUUAUUAAGAAUUAAUUUGCAGCUGUUUAACCCUAUGAGACAAAAUCCACCACGCUGGAGGCAGUCGAACCCUUGCAGAAGGAGGGAAUUUGCAUUUUUAAUAAUGCAUCAAUUCGUAGCCCCACUGCAGUUUUUUUUUUUACAGAACAGCUUUCUUCCCAACUGUACCUACAGCCCCAUCGACAAACUGAACGCUGUGCUUACUCGCAAAGACAAUGGCAUCAACAAAUCUAACUGAAGGUGAAAAACUAAAACCAGCCACGAAACGUUUCUGCUCGACAGAAUUAAACCGGAACCUACAUGAACAGCUUAUCUUUGCUUCAGCGAUGCAAAUUUUUCUGUCAGUAACUGCAUUUCUGGGGAACACUCUGAUCCCAGUUGCCCUACACAAGGAAACUUCACUUCAUCCGCCGUCCAAACUCCUGUAUCGUAACCUGGCGAUAACUGAUCUCUGUGUUGGUAUCAUUGCAGUACCUCUGAGUGUCGCAUAUUAUAUAUCUGUGUUGAACGAAAGAGGGGACAUUUGUGUGUACACCUAUCAAAUAAGUUUUAUCGCCAGCAAUAUCUUCUGCUCUGUGUCUUUGCUAACACUUACUGUCAUAAGUGUGGACAGACUUCUCGCCCUGAUGUUGGGACUCAGAUAUAGACAAGUUGUAACUUUUCAGAGAAUAUUGGCUUUUUUGAUUGCUUUUUGGAUUUGUUCAGUUGGCACCACUUUAAGUUCCUUUGGAAAUCCUCUUAUACAUGUACAGAAGCUGCUAUGGUUCACCUGCGUAACUUUAUUCUUGUGUCUAGUCAUCUUAGUAUUAUCAUACACAAAAAUUUUCUUCACUCUCCGUCAUAACCAGGUUCAAGUACAGGAUCAUCUUUCUCAUGGACAACACACCCAAAUAAUGAAUAUGGCUCGAUACAAAAGAGCAGUGUCCAGUGCGUUGUGGGUAACCACAACAGCGGUUGUUUGUUAUCUGCCGUAUGGUGUAGCAGAAACUGUUUUCCUUCAAGAAGAGAUGACUUUAUCGAUUUACCUUACAGAGCAUUUUGUGAUAACCUUGGUUUACCUGAACUCAUCUUUAAACCCGUUGCUUUAUCUCUGGAAGAUUAGAGAAGUGAGGCAAGCUGUGAAAGAUACAUUAAGACAUCUCUGCUUUUAACCGAACAGAUUGACAUAACCUUUCUAAAUAUAGUAGGUAAUUUCUGCUUUGUUUUAAGACAGCCUUUACUGAAAAAUAAAAUAAAUAUUCUAUUUUUGAUAGGAUGUCAAAGUACACAAACGUGCUGUGACGGGAAAGUCGAAUAGAUUUGUGAGUAGCAUGUUGUACACCAAGUAAUCAACCAGGCGACAGGGUCCUUCAAAACACAUUAAUCGCUUUUGUUUUAAGGUAUGAUAGUUUGCGAGCGUUACCAUGCAUGCAUUCAUUGGAGGUAGUAUUUAAAAGUCAUGCAGGUAUAAAUUAUUUUUUUUACAAAUAGAACAACGUGAUUACACCAAAAAGAAAUAUGUUUAGCUGGAGGUUCGUUUUUCUAUUGCAUUGGAUUAUUUAUUGUUUUGUUGUUGUUGAUGGUGUUUUAGUUUGUUUCUGUUUUUGUUGUUUUUGUUGUUGUUGUUGUUUUUUUUACAUCACCAGAACGGGUGAGCAACGCUGUUUUCUGCUUUAUGUCAUGUUAGUAUAAUUUGUUCGGUAAAUUUAUGUGAAACUUUUACCAGUUCAUUCAUUACACCUUAAACUUACUUUGUGUAAACGAUAAACAAACUCAAAUGGAAUUGAGCUGGUCAUGUGGCGAGAGGCACUGACAUUCGUUGGACAACCCACGUUGCUUUCUGGACGCCCCAGAGACACACAAGAAAUCGAGGACGGACAAAGGACGAGAUGGAGGGACGAUUUAGAUGGUAAAGAAACGACGACGGCAACGGCAACGGCAACGGCAACGGCAAUGGGUUUGUUAAGCAAAACAACAACUUUGCACCUGCAUGACGCUUUUUUGUACAUUUCUUUGCCGUCACUUUACGACUACGACAUGAAAAUGCCUACCGGUAAUUUCACGCUUUAUGGAGGACGUAAACAAGCGACAACGAUUUUUUCCAUUCUCUUUCUAAACUUGGGUGCGGUCCUCAAGAAAUCAACUCUAAAGAAAUUCGCCUAAAUUUGACAUUUUCAGCGGACUGGAAUAAACGUGACAAUGUUUGAAAAAACGCGAAUGCCUUUUCAAAGUGACGUUUUCCCUGCCGUCGCCUUCGUCGAUGCCAAAGCUCCCUAAUUUCACAGAACGUUAACGCUGGCACCGUGUUGCACAAAACUUGGAGGUCAAUGGGGAAAGGCCUACCUCCAACGGCGGACUACAAUGGCAGAAACUGACAACUGACAAACUUACUUCUCAAUAGAUUUUUUUAUCUCAUUCGGCGGAUUGCUGUGUACUGGCAUGAGUAACGCAAUUAACAAUUAUUGGACGAGGUUGAGCAAAAUAUCGUGAAUUGUCUGUGGCGAACAGAUCAAUUAUUCGGCUUCGGCAAAUAACUGAUCUGCGAGAUACUCGCAAAUCACGAUAUUUUGCGAUAACCGAGUUCAAUAAUUGUUUUAUCAUUAAAUUUUCACGCAAGAGCGAUCACAAGAAGGAGAAAAGCACGGUUUUCUUUACGCAUUAGCAGAAUAUUAUUUGCAGCCAAACACUGUUGGACGGCAUUGCGCAUGAGCAGACCAUUAUUUGUAAGCAGUUAUUUGCAGGUCACGUGGUGGGCUCUCGGCCAAGAAAAGAAAGAAAAAUUUGCUUCGAAUGAUAAUUUUUGUUGUUGUUAUUGUUUCACCUCAAAUUUUUAAAAGGUUUUAUUCAGUGUUUUUAGGUUAAAGACGUUAAUGGAUAAAAGAGUAUAGUGCAUUGAAAAGUUUACAGUAUAGGCUAGAAUCACUUUCACAAAAUGCCAAGCAGCUGCCAAAUUGUAUUAAAAACAAUAUUUACUCAGAUUGACUCCCGGGUUUCUGCUCAAACAAAGUUAAUGGAAAUGAAGAAGAAGCCAUCGCACCUCGUUACUGGGGCAAAUUCCUUUUUCUCUUCGAGUUCGGUGUUUUGUUUGUUUUUGUUUCCGUGCUUGCUUUUUUAGGGUUGGGUUUUUUUAGCCUUUUAAUAAAGUCCUUAAAUGCUGGUGCAAUAUCAAUUCUUGUACAUAACAAUGAAAGCUUAUUUUCCACAGUCUUUUCAUGCAAAUCGUUGUCAGAAAAUUGAUUCUACUCAAAUCGUGAUUUGUUUAGCCAACGAAACUCAAUUGCUUUUAUCAACUUUGUUACCUCUCACAAAUUUCAUGAAAUUACACUGUACAUUUCACUUUUUCGCUCCUAUAUUUGGGAUAAACUCAACAAACCCUCAGCUUAUCAAAACGCAAGAGUUAUCAUAUAUUAAUUAUUGAAAUAGAAAAGGACAUUUUUACAGAGACGGAACUUAACGGCAAUGCAAAUUAAAUUUUUUGGAGUUGAACACAGCACUAAAAUAGGAGAAGGAGGGAGACUAUUUUAAAACGGACGUCUACGAAUCGGUUUUAUGACAAGACAGGAUGCUGAAAUUAACUUUCUUCUAAUUAUUCUGACUAAGAAGUGAUUUGCACCUGGUUAACGAUAUGAUACAAAAUCCGUUAGUUGGAAGCAGUUGGACCCUUGCAGAAAGAAGGGAUUUGCAUUUUUAAUAAUGCGGUUGUCUCGUACCCCACGCGGUGUUUGCUUCAACAGAAUAGCUCAGUGUUUUUUUGCCAUCUGUUUGAGGUCUUUCAACAAGCGAACGUGAUAUUUACCCGCGAAGACAUGGCAUCAACAAAUCUAACUGAAGCUGAAAAAUUAAAACCGGUCAUAGAGCCUUUUUGUGCGAGGAAAGUGAAAUGGAACCAAAAGGAGGAGGUUAUCUUUCUUUCGGCAGUGAAUGUUUUGGUGUCAGUAACCGCAUUUCUUGGGAACACGCUGAUCCUAGUUGCUCUGCACAUGGAAACUUCACUUCAUCCGCCGUCCAAACUCCUGUAUCGUAACCUAGCGAUAACUGAUCUCUGUGUUGGUAUCAUUGCGGAGCCUUUGAAUGUCGCAUCUUCCAUGUCUGUGUUAAACGACAUUUGUGUUUACAUGGAACAGAUAAGUUUUAUCACUAGUGGUAUUUUUUGUUCAAUAUCUUUACUCACAGUGACUGCAAUAAGCGUGGACAGACUUCUUGCCCUGUUGUUGGGGCUAAGAUAUAGACACGUUGUAACUUUUAGGAGAACAUUGGCUUUUUUAAUUGCUUUUUGGGUUUAUUCAUUAGCCGGCACGUUAAGUUUCUUUGGAAAUCCUCUUAUACAUACAGUGUUCGUCUACUUAACUUUAACGUUAUGUCUAUUCACCUUAAUUUUCUCCUACACAAAAAUUUUCUUCACUCUCCGUCAUAACCAAGUUCAAGUCCAGGAUCAUCUUGCUCAAGGCCAACUGAACCAAAUAAUGAACAUGACUCGAUACAAAAGAGCAGUGUCCAAUGCAUUGUGGGUUACUGUAACAUCAGUCGUUUGUUAUCUGCCGUUUGUAAUAAUGGAAGCUGUUACACAUGAAACAGAUGUGACCUUAUCGAUUUUCCUUACAAGGCAGUUUGUAGUAACUUUAGUUUUCCUAAACUCAUCAUUAAACCCGUUGCUGUACUGUUGGAAGAUCAGAGAAGUGAGGCAAGCUGUUAAAGACUCAGUAAGGCAACUUUGCUGUUCACCGAUCUAA